GCUGUAUUUUGACUGUUUUUGACGAGGGAAUUUUGUAAAAUAGUUUUAUGAAAACUUACCUCCUGGGUUUCACAUUGUCCGCACGAGAUUUUGCUGUGUUCGGCACAACGAAGGACCCCUCCUGCGAAUGGUGUCAGUCGCCUUGACCCUCUGCACCCAGGGCCUGCCCCGUUCUUCCUCAAGUUACUGUAUCCUGCGUUAAUUAUUAAUAUUCACCAUAAAUUUUUAGUCUAACCUUUAUAGCUGAAAUCCUGGUUAAUAUACCUGGCAUCUUGAAGGCCAUUAUAUUAGCACAGAUAGUGGUUGUAGGAUUCUACGUCUGUAUUCUUACUGAUAAGUGUCACAUUUUCACCUGGGUUUAUACGGGUUAAAUUUCCAAAAAUGAACAGCAAAAAGGCACGCCUCCUGCCGGCCCUAUAGUUUCACUUUCUUGAGUAGGCUACCUGGUAGUUUCGUGUAAACAACUGAACUGAUUGAAAGGCUCCGGCUGGCUAUCUUCUCCGUGCAGACACGCAGCAUGCAGGACAUUCGGAAGAGGAAGGUUCCUUUGACAGCAACGCUGAUGUCGGAUCCAGACUACAUUUUGCAGCAUGUCCAGCAGGAGAACCUGAUCACACGGCGGGAGUACACCAACAUUCGUAGCGUUCAGCGGUCCAGCGAGGGCAGAGUCAUCGAUCUGCUGGACAAGGUGAUGGACAAGGGAGAGGAGACCUGCCGUCGUUUUUUGUCCCUCCUACAGCAGCCUGAAGUCCAGGAUACCUUCCCGCCUCUGAAAAAACUUUGUUCAGGGGAAUUUACAGACAACCCCAUCCAGGAAACACAGAAUGCAGCGCUCAGUGAAUACAGGAUGUCUAGUCUGCCACGCGGCCACUGCCUGAUCUUCAAUAAUCAGCACUUUGAAACAGAGAGCCUUAAGGAGCGCAAGGGAUCCUACCAAGAUGCUGAGGAUCUGAAGAAGGUGUUCAGCUGGCUGGGGUUCAGUGUGCACGUGCUGCAGGACCAGCCGGUGCAGGAGAUGCGCAGCCAGCUGCAGCAGUUCAGCCGUGUGGAACACAGCGACUGCUUCGUGUGCUGCGUGCUCAGCCACGGGGCGGAGCAGGGCAUUUACGGCCGCGACGGGGCGCUCCUCCGGAUUCAGGACGUCCUCUCCCCCUUCAACGGGGCCAACUGCCCCUCACUGGCCAACAAGCCCAAGGUCUUCUUCAUCCAGGCCUGCCAGGGGAAGAGGGUGCAGGAGGCGGUGACGGUCCAUGCCGACUGCCCCGGGGGGGCCACAGACCCGGGGACGGAUGCCGGCGCAACUCAUGGCUACACCCUUCCUGUGGAUUCCGACUUCCUCGUCGGCAUGGCCACCGUUCCGGAAUGCGUCUCUAUCAGACACAGCGUCAGUGGCAGCUGGUACAUCCAGGCCCUCUGCCAAGAGCUGAGACAGGGCUGUGCCAGGCGUGAGGACAUCCUGACCAUCCUCACCAGAGUCAACGAGGAAGUGAGCAGGAGAGAGGGGGACCUGUGCAGCCAGUACGGCCCACAGCUGGCCAAGCAGAUGCCUGACCCCAGAUUCACCCUGAGGAAGAGGCUGGUCUUCCCUGUUCCCAGCAUCUCCAGUCCCACAUUCUGAUUGGGAUAUGGCUGUUCCUCACACACACACUCAGACCGGGAUAUGGCUGUUCCUCACACACACACUCAGACCGGGACAUGGCUGUUCCUCUCACACGCACUCCGACCAGGAUAUGGCUGUUCUUCACACAUGCACUCUGACCAGGACAUGGCUGUUCCUCACGCACACACUGACCAGGAUAUGGCUGUUCCUCACACACACACUCCGACCGGGAUAUGGCUGUUCCUCACACAUACUGUGACCCCUCGUCUUAGAACAAAGCAUUAUGCACUUGUCCCUCUUCCCUUUUAUGCAAAGAAAAACAAUUUUCUAAGUUUUGUAUUUUAUGACAUUUUUAUAUUUCAUCUGUGUAGUUGUGUAGAAAAAUUUAUCACUUUUAAGUUUUAAGAACACUUUGUACCAAUGUAAGGGAAAAACAAUGUGGGCAUUAAAAUCUUUUUCAUUUUAAGAUGAGUUGUGUGAUAUUGGAAGGUGGAGGAUGAACACUAAUUGGUGUGUGAAGGCUGAAGGUGAGCACUGAUUGGUAGGUGAAGGCUGAAGGUGAGCACUGAUUGGUGGGUGAAGGCUGAAGGAGAGCACUGAUUGGUGUGUGAAGGCUGAAGGAGAGCACUGAUUGGUGUGUGAAGGCUGAAGGUGAGCACUGAUUGGUGAGUGAAGGCUGAAGGUGAGCACUGAUUGGUGUGUGAAGGCUGAAGGUGAGCACUGAUUGUUGGGUGAAGGCUGAAGGUGAGCACUGAUUGGUGGGUGAAGGCUGAAGGAGAGCACUGAUUGGUGGGUGAAGGCUGAAGGAGAGCACUGAUUGGUGUGUGAUUUGAAAGCAGCUCAGGCAAUCCUGACAAGGCAAUGGUAUGAAUUUCUUCAGUGCAGGCUCUCUCUCUCCAUCCUGGUGGGAUGGUCAUGUUAUGCCAUCGCUGUCAUGGAUAAAGUGGAUGCAAGAUAAGAGGCUCACCGUCCUCCAAAAUAAUGGUAAUGACUCUGAGUGGGCCUGUCCCAACAAGGCGCCUUUAAAUUUCAUACUUGUCACAUCAAUAUAACAUCACAGUUCACAGAACUGGAGUAGCUAAUGUCAGUAUGAUCUAAUUUGCACACCAUGCAAGAGUUUGGUAACCUGUAGGUAUAGUAACUAGUCAUAGGGAGUUCACAAACUAAAAAUGAAUGAUGGUGAGUCUGCUAAAAUGAACACACAGAAGCAUUUUUUAUAAGCUAUAUCAGCACCAUGUGUAUUUGUAUUAGGUUAAGAAAGGAAUAGCAAAAACAUGCAUCAAUUUUGUGUAUUCCAGUUUCUCAGUCAAAUACAGUCAAUGCUCACUUUUCAAUCACGGAACUAUUCCAUAUCAAACACAAGUGG